AUGAAGUUCACCAUUGUCGCCACCAUCAUCUCCAUGGCUGCUGUUGCCAUUGCUGCUCCCAUUGCUAGCGAGCAAGUCGCUGCCCGUCAGAACCACGGCAUGUGUGUCAAGUCCGACGCAAAUGGCGAGAUUACCCAGAUCCCCAACUGCUAG